CCUAAGUAAUACAACUUAAGCUUGAACUUUUUUUAAAUAAAAAUUGAAUUUCAUUAUCUCUCCAUUGUUUCCAAACCAAAUAAGAACUGAUUAUUCUAAUUUUAUUUUGUCAAUUACCUGGUCAAGAAAAAUGGACCAAUAGAAACGCCUCAAACUCUGCUUCAGGCUAUAAAUUCGUAACGACUUGAGCCCUCAGGCAGUGAAGCAGUGACUUUUCUGCAGUACAUCGUGCCAGUAAUUGUGCUUUUUCUCUGACAUGAAAACAAUUUACAAUUCUACGUUUAACGAAAACUGUGUGCCCGAAAAAAUGGAAAACCUCUGGCAAGGAAGUUCCCUUAGUUCAAUUGAAGAAAUUUUCGAUCCAAUAGAAAUCAAAAAAGUUGUGGACUCUUUAGUCAUGUCGCGAUUUAGUGCCCAAAUUAUGAAAUCUCGCACACGAAGAUCCAGAUCUUCAUGUUCUGAAAGUCAAGACAAUGUCUCUCUUUCAAGUGGGCGUUCCGAUUCCAGUAUAAAUACUUAUAAUUUAUCGGCGUUAAUUUCAAAUCCAUACCCACAGCCAUAUUAUUAUGUGAAUAUCUUCACUUGCUCUGGAACUGACUCCACUCGUGAAUUAAGCGAUUAUUGCUCAAUUGGUCCAAGCUUUGAUUUAAUGGACACAAAAUUGUUCAUUUUGAGUCAAAAUAAGGACCAGAUUUUGAAAGCGAUACAUUAUGACGAUUUAUAUAACAAAACGAGACUAAGCAAGGAGCGGCUUGAGGCGGAAAGACUUCUUUUAAUUAACGAUCUGACAAGUAAUUUAUUACUAACACGAGACAAUAGAUUUGAAGAGAAAAAUGAGCUGUGUAUAGGAUCAGUAAAAAUCAGAAACUGCUACACUUGGUGUGAUAACCAACAACUUGAGGAAUUUUUCCUUUGUGUAGUAAUCUGUGGUUGCAAACUACUUGCUUCCGAAGUGACUCAAAUAAAAUCAAACGGAGUGAUACAUUUUAAGGAAGAAUUUGUUGUAACCGGACUGCAACCAGAUUUUACAAUCAACAUUAAAAUUUAUUGCGCUAGUAGAAAGGCCAUGAAAAAAUCGAAACAAUCAUUUGCCUGCAAGUACGCUCCACGUCCAGAAGAAGAAAUUCCUUUACGAAAAUCACUUUUUACCUUAUGGGGAGAGACCUACACAACAUUGCAAGAUCUCCCAAAAUCGAAUUUGAUGGAAGUUUGGAUGAAUUCUGGACGUUUUACUGCCAGCAUUUUCAGUUGGACUGAUUUAAAUGUAAAUUUGUCUGGUUUUUUAAAUGUUAGUCAGAGUGAAGAGUGUCCGCUAUGGAAUAGGGAAUGGUGUUGUUUGGAUGGGAGAUAUUUGCAAUAUUUUAAUUAUCCUCCAGAUGAAUCCUUCGAAUGUAAACCGAUAGGGACAAUUGAUUUAGCAACGUGUGUUGAAUUCAAGUUGCUUUCGAGAGAGGAGUGUGCGCGAAAGCAAACACUUUUCUUAAAAACAUAUUUUGGAAAAACUGUUUUAUUAUCAUGUGAUACCAGAACUGAAUUUGAAUGUUGGCGAAAUUGUAUCGAAAGGAUAUUAAGCGCAAUCGAAAUUUGGGAACACUGAACUUAUUGUUUGUAUUUGCAUGUUUGGUUUGUACAUUUCGUAAUAAAUUUAUAUUGAGAAAAUCGUCUGUCUUUUCUUCAAAA